UUCUGCCCUGCGGGGGAGGGGACGCCUUUCAUGCGCAGCCCUCCUCUCGGAUGCUCCCUCCCUCGCAUUCACUUGCAAAUCGCUGUGUGCUGGCAGGAGCCGGCACUUCCAGUCUCUAACCUUCCCAUGGCGAGUGCUGCAGCUCCAUCAGCAGAACCUUUCUCUCCGUGUGAGGAACGGCUUUCCCCCCACCCUUUCCUUUUUUUCCCCCCUUCCUUAAUCAGAACCACUGAAUGAAAGCCAAUCAGAGAGAGAGAGUUCGCCUUCCCCCCCCUUCCCCGUUUUCUUUGGUUCCCUGCCGUCCAGAGUUAAAAGUGACGCUGAGAGAAAGCUUGAGUUAGACCGAAGUAGAAUCAGUGAGAGAAAAUAACAGCAGAAAACAAACAAAAAGGGACAGGGUGACAGUCUCUUCAGGGUUAUUUGGCUGGAACCAACUUCCGUUUUCCAGAAGCUGAUGAAACAAGCUUAUGGAAAAAUGUACAUAGCACUGAUGAAGUGCUGGAAGCCAGUCGAGCUCUGAUACCAUAAACAGGACUACUUCUUCAUUGCCUACACUGGAAUUUUUCAAGAAGUAAAGUAUGACAAUCUAUCAGUUCUUGAGACUGUUUGUUCUCUGGGCAUGCCUGCCCCACUUCUGCUGUCCAGAGUUAAUGUUCAGAAGGACUCCUGGGCUUCAGCAAACGCCUGCAGAAUCCCAUGCCCCAAGGAGUGAUGGUAAAAUACUUCACCGUCAAAAACGUGGCUGGAUGUGGAACCAGUUUUUCUUACUGGAAGAGUAUACCGGAUCUGAUUAUCAAUAUGUAGGCAAGCUUCAUUCAGACCAAGAUAAAGGAGAUGGAUCGCUCAAAUAUAUUUUGUCUGGAGACGGAGCUGGUACUCUUUUUAUUAUUGAUGAAAAAACAGGUGAUAUUCAUGCCACAAGAAGAAUUGAUAGGGAAGAAAAGGCCUUUUAUACUCUACGUGCACAAGCUAUUAACAGAAGAACUCUGAGGCCAGUAGAACCAGAGUCAGAAUUUGUGAUCAAAAUCCAUGAUAUCAAUGACAAUGAGCCUACAUUCCCAGAAGAAAUUUAUACAGCCAGUGUUCCUGAAAUGUCCGUUGUAGGUACUUCUGUGGUGCAAGUCACAGCUACAGAUGCCGAUGACCCUUCCUAUGGAAACAGCGCCAGAGUCAUUUACAGCAUCCUUCAAGGGCAGCCUUAUUUCUCUGUGGAACCAGAAACAGGUAUCAUCAGGACAGCUCUGCCAAACAUGAACAGGGAGAACAAGGAACAGUACCAGGUGGUUAUUCAAGCCAAGGACAUGGGCGGCCAGAUGGGGGGUUUGUCUGGAACCACCACAGUGAACAUCACUCUGACAGAUGUCAACGACAAUCCACCUCGCUUCCCCCAGAACACCAUCCAUCUUCGAGUUCUUGAAUCCUCUCCAGUUGGCACAGCUGUGGGAAGUGUAAAAGCCACCGAUGCUGACACGGGGAAAAAUGCUGAAGUAGAUUACCGCAUUAUUGAUGGAGAUGGCACAGAUAUGUUUGACAUUAUAACUGAGAAGGACACACAGGAAGGCAUCAUCACUGUGAAAAAGCCACUUGACUAUGAGAAUCGAAGACUAUAUACUCUGAAGGUAGAGGCAGAAAACACCCAUGUGGAUCCACGUUUUUAUUAUCUAGGGCCAUUCAAAGAUACUACAAUUGUGAAAAUCUCCAUAGAAGAUGUGGAUGAGCCUCCUGUUUUCAGUAGAUCCUCAUAUCUGUUUGAGGUUCAUGAGGAUAUUGAAGUUGGCACAAUCAUUGGUACAGUAAUGGCAAGAGACCCUGAUUCUACGUCCAGUCCCAUCAGAUUUACAUUGGACCGCCAUACUGACCUUGACAGGAUCUUUAACAUUCAUUCUGGAAAUGGAUCACUUUAUACAUCAAAGCCACUUGAUCGUGAACUAUCUCAAUGGCACAAUCUUACUGUUAUAGCUGCCGAAAUCAAUAAUCCUAAAGAGACAACUCGUGUGUCUGUUUUUGUGAGGAUUUUGGAUGUUAAUGACAACGCUCCACAAUUUGCUGUGUUUUAUGACACAUUUGUAUGUGAAAAUGCCAGACCAGGACAGCUGAUACAGACUAUAAGUGCAGUUGACAAAGAUGACCCCUUAGGUGGACAGAAGUUUUUCUUCAGUUUGGCUGCUGUAAAUCCGAACUUCACAGUACAAGAUAAUGAAGACAACACUGCCAGAAUUUUAACCAGAAAGAAUGGCUUCAACCGUCAUGAAAUAAGCACCUAUCUACUGCCAGUGGUGAUAUCUGAUAAUGACUACCCAAUUCAGAGCAGCACUGGCACCCUGACGAUCCGUGUGUGCGCCUGUGACAGCCAAGGCAACAUGCAGUCCUGCAGUGCCGAAGCCCUGCUCCUUCCUGCUGGCCUCAGCACUGGCGCCUUGAUCGCCAUUCUCCUCUGCAUCAUUAUUCUGCUGGUUAUAGUAGUCCUCUUUGCAGCCCUGAAAAGGCAACGGAAGAAAGAGCCUCUGAUUCUAUCCAAAGAAGACAUCAGAGACAACAUUGUGAGCUAUAAUGAUGAAGGUGGUGGAGAGGAGGACACACAGGCCUUUGAUAUCGGAACCCUGAGGAAUCCUGCAGCUAUAGAGGAGAAAAAGCUCCGGCGAGAUAUAAUUCCUGAAACGUUAUUUAUACCCCGGAGGACUCCUACUGCCCCAGAUAACACGGAUGUCCGGGAUUUCAUUAAUGAGCGACUCAAAGAACACGAUCUAGACCCCACUGCGCCUCCCUACGACUCACUGGCUACCUACGCCUACGAAGGAAACGACUCGGUUGCCGAAUCUCUGAGCUCUUUAGAAUCAGGUACCACCGAAGGAGACCAAAACUACGAUUACCUCCGAGAAUGGGGACCUCGGUUUAAUAAACUAGCAGAAAUGUAUGGUGGUGGCGAGAGCGACAAAGAUGCUUAGCCUGGCACCUGCGUUCUAUUCAACGAGAUAAAGUAACUUUGCAGACAUUGUCUCCACUUCACAAUAUUUGAUAUUCAGGAGAAAAUUGUUCCUGCCACUCAGCACAAGUUUCCCACUUAUUUCUUAAUUUGUUCAUUAAUGAUAUUAAUUCUUUCCUGUAGGAUGUCUCAUGGAAUAUAUACGACAUUUUAUUUAAUCACUUCCAAGAGCCAAAGCUAUGGAAAUUCAAUGUUGUCCAUCUUAGUAAAUAAAAGAAACCUGAGCAGGAUUAGUUCUCCCUUAAGCAACCUCACGAACAAGCCGCUUCUGUUAGAUACACGUCUUGCCCUUGCAAAUGAAGCUUUGAAAAGACGAAGAAAACAUUUAAGAUGUAUCCUGUUCUGUACAUUAAGUUUUAAAAAAUGUACAUGUGGUGUUAGUAGGUGUGAUAUGCAGCCUGGUAUACAAGCAUUUGUGCAAUUUCAUUUCAUCAAAUUCUAUCUGCUAAUGUUUUAUAUUUAUAUUUUUGUAUUUAUUUUUUAAAAAAAAUAAACCAGUUUUUACAACUACUUUGUCUCUAGCUUCUCUUUUUCCUUAGGAACAAGUUCUUUCUUCGUAAAUUAUCUUCUUAGCAAAUCAAAUUGAAUGUACCUGAGGAAAAAAAAAAAUCACAUUUUAAGCAAUGUUGAAAACCCUGACCAAAAUGAUAUGACAGGUAAGCACUGCUCUUCUACAAUAUAUUCUUACACCGUAAUAUAUGCGAACUUCUUCCUACUGAAAGCAUCUGUAAAUUAUAAACCACUUAACAUUUAUCAUCUGAAAAAUUGACAAGAACGGUGCUCUAACCCCUGAGCGGCAGAAUCAACCACACUCAGAUUUAAAUCAUUGCCGUUCUCGGUUCUUGUGCUAAAUACACUAGUGGUACAGCAGUUUUAUCUCAUUCAUAUUUGCUAAGACAGUGUCUGGAAAAAUAAAACCUCUUCUCAUUGUUGUUCUUGAAUGAAAUUUUUGCUCUUGAAGUUUAUAGGCAGUGUGAGUUCAGACUGUUCUCAGGCUGGAAUAAUCAUUGACUGGAAUUAUUUUUACCUUCCAUGUUGACUUUGAAAAUGUCGGGUAAUGGCAGUAAUAACACAGAAUGUUCCAUUAAGGAUGCAUCCCCUCCUCACUUAUGUCAGCUUUCAGAGAUACAUCAAACAUUAUUGUAACAUCAGUUUGUGUGUGUGUGUGUGUGUGUGUGUGUGUGUGUGUAAAAAGAAUAAUUUAAUAGAAAGCAAAAAAAGAAGUUAAAAUACAAACUUUAAAGUGCCAGCAGUCGAUCAUCAAAUGUUACUGAGAAUCCUGGAGGUGGGAUCAAUAUUGUUCUUAAUUGGUCAAGCCCCACUCCCGAUUUAUUUGUAAAUGGAAUACUUUAGUUGUAGAUCUAGAAGUCACGAUCUCUGCUAAGUAUGUUGUAAACAAUACCAAAGAUUCAUGUGCUAAUUAGUAAAAAAUACUCUAUGAUUUAAAUAGGUCUGUAUGAUAUGUUUUAAUAUAUCCCUAUUGCAGAAUUAAUUAUUUCAAUCUAUGGUGUUUUUUUUUUUUUUCUAACUUCAAGGCUGAAGGCUCCACACCACUCUACCAACAAAUACUUCAGUUUGUAAAAUAGUCUGAUUAUGAAAAAGAGACAACCCAUAAGGCCCAAUUAAAAUCGCAGCCAAGUAGUACAAAGAACAUAUCAGGCUGAAUAUUAACACUUAAUAUAACAGAAGUCACUAAUGUAUAUCAUAAGUUGGCUUUCAAAAGAAACUAAGUUAAGAAAUGGAACUUUUCUCUUUUGUACCGAAUUGAAAUGAGGAACAUGCUGUUUCCUGGAGAGAUCAGUCAUUAAAAAACAGAAUAAGUUGACAAAGAAAAAGGAAAACAAAGGCCUCAGAACAUUUCAAAUUGGUCAUAAUUUAAAAUACAAUUUUUGUUAGAAUUAUUUCUACCUUUCCACACAAGUAGCUCCUUGAGUCAAUAUUAGAUGUCAAUAAAGUAAUUCUUAUGCCUAUAAUAUAAUUCUUAUGUGGAGACUUCUAAUUAUCUUCUUUCAGAAAUGUCAAGUGACAUUAAAUUAUUCUAGCAUUUACUUAAUCACCCAUUAUUUUAAAAAUCAGGAGUUGCGACAGUGUUCUCUAAUAUAACCUGAACCAGUUUCAGAAAUGUUCUUCAUUUGGAUAGAUGGGCAGGCUUAUUUGUCAACUUUGGAGAAAUUGUUCAAUAGUAGAUACUCCAAUAUUGUUAAUGACAAUGGUAUGUUAAAGAUAUUUCUUGGUAACCAUGGAAUUCAAAACACAUGUUAUGAAAAUCUACUUGAAGUCUCUCAGUCACAUUUUGGUAUUGUGCUUGUCCAAGAGAAUGCCCAGGACAUCCAUUAUUCCAAAAUUAGUGUUCUGUGUCAAUGGAGCUACUGUUCAAACAUUGAUGUAACUGAACCAAUGUAGGUUUUUCAUUUCUUCAUUUAUAUAUAACUUCAACAUAAACUGUUUACUGAGAAUCUAUUAUAUAUAUAAAACACAAGGAAUGUUUUGAAACCCAGAGAUGUAAUAAAUUAUAUAUAAUUCUUCUA